AUGGAGUACAUCCCAGGAAUCUCUCAGUAUCCUCUUGCUGCUUCAACAUGGCGAGCCGCCGAAAGGGCGGUCAUUGCGUCCCCCAACAGUGGCCGCAUACAGAGGGAAAUAUGGGAGUACCGAACCCAGAAGCUCUCGGCUUUCAUAGCCGCGGGGGAUCUUCAUCUCGCAAUGUUGUUGUUGUCAUGCAUGAUUGGUCUUGUUUCCAUGAGUCUACGCCAUGGAGCACGUUUCUGCAAGUCAAAGCGCGGACCCCAUUCGGACGUUGUUGGAGAUGACAGUGCUGAGAUUGUCACCUCCAUCCCUUUUGCAUUAAUGCAUAUAGCCGCAUCUGUAGCAGCAUGCUGCCUCAGCUGUGUAGAAAUAUGGUAUGGAGCGAGCUGGAAGCGAGCUCUUUUAUUGAGUUAUGCAGUGCUUUUAGGACUAGCUCGACUCUGUGUGAGGGAUCAGGGCUAUCGAACUCAUCUUUGUCGUCAUAUCAAUAAUAUUUAUUUGGUCACAUUGGUGCUUUGCUGUAUACAAGAAUUGCUACCAAUGAUAAUUAUUGGUGCAACGUACCGCCCAAGAGGCACCGCAUCUGCGUUGGUAGCUUGCCUCGCUGCCGUGGUGAUCAUCGAACUCGGUACGCCUCGACCACGUCGUGGUGUUUUCCCAACUGAUGUGGAGAUCGAGGAACGGAGAAUUGUGGACGAGACGUCUCCAGAGGAGACAUGUUCUCUCUUCUCGUACUACUGCUCAUAUGAGUGGAUCACAUAUGUGAUUCUGCGCGGCUGUCGAAGGGAUUUGACGAUGGAUGACCUGCCUCCAUUGCCUUCCUAUGACGAGCCAUCUAAAUGGUUGAAGAAGAUUAAGAGACAGCGCCUCAGAGGAGGGAAAACAUUUCGAACCCUGUGCAGAUUGCUUAAAACGGAAAUCAAGAGAAUGAUGUUCUGGUCGGCCGUUACGGCGGUGGCUGAGUUUGUUGCACCGUACGCCAUGUUGCGAUUGCUCGCGUACUUGGAAGAUCCCGUCUCUGCUGUGGUGCACCCUGGGUGCUGGAUCUGUCUUCUUUUUGCUGGCCCUAUGAUGCGAUCACUUUGCUAUCAACAGUAUAUUUUUACAGCCACGCGGCUUCUCGUACGCGUCAAUGUUUCUCUUGUUCAGGAGAUAUAUGAAACUGCUAUGCGGUCAUACAUAUAUGAUGAUUCUAUAGACCGCUCUGACAAGGGAAACAAGGGCUCAUCAAAGGGGGCGUCCAAGUCUGGCCAAGCCAAUUUAACCAGUCUGAUGUCGUACGAUGUCGAUGCCAUUUACAACUCUCGAGACAUAUUCUAUGUUUCCACUGCGGGUCCAGUUUCUAUUACGAUUGCCCUGGUAUUCCUCUAUCGGAUGAUUGGGUGGUCGUCAUUGAUUGGUGUCCUGGCACUUCUGUUCUUAACUCCUCUCCCAGCAUUGGCAUCCCGUAGGGUCUCUAGAAUCCAGCGGUCUGUUAUGCAAGCUACCGAUGCCCGGCUUGCUAAGAUUUCCGAGUAUCUGAACUCCAUACGCACUUUGAAAUAUUUUGGUUGGGAACAUGCUGCAAUGGAUUCAAUCAAUGAUGUUCGGGGUGUUGAGCAACGCCGUCUCUGGAGACGGAGUACUUAUAUGGCAGCCAUUUCAAUGGCUGGAGACUUACUCCCAAUGGUAAGUUUGUUGGUGAUGUUUUCCGCCGUAGUCUUGUUCACCGACCUUCCGCUGAGGGCACCGGUUGCUUUUACUUCGUUGUCAAUCAUGGAAACUUUGCGUGUUCAAUUCGUCUGGCUCUCAACCGUGAGCAGAUUUUCUGCCCAGGGCGCGGAGUCCCUCCGGCGAGUUGACCGGUUUUUUGACAUGGCGAGUGAAAUCAAGCGACAUCCCGAUGGGCCGUUGGAGUUGAAGAACGCAACAUUCAAGCGCACACCGAUUGCUGCAUUUAGGUUGCAGAAUGUGUCUGUAUGCUUCAAGCCACGCGCACUCAAUGUAGUGACAGGCCCAACAGGAAGUGGCAAGACUUCCCUGCUUCUCUCUCUUUUGGGCGAAACUGUCCUGGAGUCUGGAACUGCUUCCUGUGCCCGGGAUGUUGCCUAUGUGCCUCAAGUACCUUGGCUUCAGAACGAUACUAUACGCCAGAAUAUCUUGUUCUAUAGUCCCUUCGAUGAGGCUCGUUACAACCGUGUCAUCCAAGCGAGCGGGUUGACGCAGGAUCUUCAGCAACUCCCAGCUGCAGACCUUACCGUGGUGGGUGAAAGGGGAACAACGCUCUCAGGUGGCCAGAAACAACGAGUUUCUUUAGCAAGGGCUUUAUAUUCAUACUCAAGUACGCUUCUACUAGAUGAUAUAUUCUCGGCACUAGACACCCACACCACGACGUUGGUUUAUGAAAGGUGUUUCCGUGCAAGGCUUCUCUUAGAUAGAACUGUUGUACUUGUCACACGGUAUCCGCCUGCUGUACAGGAUGCUGAACUGGUGGUUCGCCUAGAGCAUGGCAAGGUGGUUUCUAUCAAAGCCGGUACAAGUGCCCGGCAACCUCUCAUACCCACACCAUGCAGUACUCCUGAAACAGGAACGAGCUACUCGACACCUCUCAAUGAACAGCAAAGGGUAGAGCUGGAUGAGAUUCUUUCGGAAUCCACGGCAAUUUUGGUCCCGACCAUUGCUGAUGCACAAACCGCGUCCAAGGGUCAACACAUGGCUAAAGAAACAUCAGCCACUGGACGUGUACCUCGCGCUUUAUUCUUCCAGUACAUGGUUCUAUUUGGUGGGCCAUUAUACGCGCCCUUGGUCAUACUGGUGACUAUUGCAGUGCAAUUUGCGUAUUUCGGUAUUACAUACUGGCUCUCUAUCUGGACGGGAGCCUAUGAAGAAUACGAAAACCCGAAUGCCUUGUUCUACUUGGUGAUAUAUGCCACGUCAAUUGCCACUUAUCUUCUGCUGCAGCUCACGAAUAACCUCGUAUAUCAAUAUGGAAGCUGGGUUGCUGCCAAAAAGAUGCAUAAAAAAUUGGUCACUGCGCUGUUGUCUGCUCCGAUUACCUGGUUUGACGAGAAUCCAAUCGGACGUGCAAUAAACCGCUUCGGGAACGAUACUCGGUCGAUGGAUACAACACUCGUUAAUUGGUUGCGCAUGUCGAUAGAGAAUGGACUGCGCUUUUUGUUCCGGAUUGCCAGUGUUGCAUCCAUCAUGCCUAUAUUUGCACUCCCUGCUGCGGUGAUCUGCACGGCUGGAUUCGUCAUUGGAGAGAUGUACACCCGCGCCCAGGUUUCCAUCAAACGGCUAUGCUCCGUGAAUUACUCACCUGUGUUCUCACACUUCACCGAUUCCCUCGCCGGCUUGAGUGUGAUCCGGGCUAGACACGGAAUGGGCGAUAUCUUCCAACGUCUCCUGGCCGAAAAGCUGGCCGUGCAUGCGCGGUCCGCAGAGGCGCAGUACAACUGCAACCGCUGGGUCUCCGUCCGGUCAGACUUUUGCGCCGCCUCCGUAGCUGCCUCCGCGGGAUGUGUGGCAUGCUUCUGGGCCGGUUCAGCGGGACUCGUUGGGUUUUCGCUGACCAAUGCCAUUGGGCUCAGCCAGACGAUUUUAACGUUGGUACGAUCAAUGAAUGAGCUCGAGGUAGAGCUCAACUCGUUCCAGCGCAUGCGCGAGUAUGCAGAUAUUGAGCCUGAAGAACGAGCCCUCGACAAGCAAGCCAUGCUCCAGGCGGUACCAGCAAGCUGGCCCACACAGGGGCGGGUUGAAUUCCACAACGUCACUGCGCGUUACCUGCCAGAUGGGCCGGACGUUUUACGCGGAGUCUCGUUUGUCGCGAACCCCGGCGAACGGGUCGGCAUCGUGGGGCGAACCGGCAGUGGUAAAAGCACCUUGGGACUCUCUCUACUUCGUUUCGUCGACAUCGUGGGAGGACGAGUGACGAUUGAUGGAGUGGACAUCAGCACGAUCCUACUGAAGCGUCUGCGCACGAGCGUUACGCUUAUUCCUCAGGAACCCGUUCUAUUCUCGGGUGACGUGCAUUCCAACCUCGACCCGUUCGGCGAAUCCAGCGACACCGAACUGCAACAUGCUUUAUCGGCAUGCACAUCUAUCCGCGUCGCAGAGGGCAACCAUGAAGAACAUGCAGAGGGCAAGACCACACAUCCUCUCACAUUGGAUACGCUCGUUGCCGCCAACGGAGAAAACUUUAGCCAAGGACAGCGACAGGUGCUCAGUCUGGCUCGAGCCAUGUGUCGGCGGUCCAAAGUCGUGCUGCUAGACGAGGCGACUGCUUCUGUGGAUCAUGAGACAGACAUGCACAUGCAGCGGGUUUUGCGAUCUAUGUUUCCUGAUUGCACCAUCAUAGCGAUUGCACAUCGACUGCGGACUAUUAUGGAUUAUGACCGGGUUCUUGUAAUGGCCGAUGGGGAGAUCGUAGAGAGCGAUUCGCCCACCAACCUGGUCAAGAAGCGGGGAAUUUUCUGGGAUAUGCUACGGAACACGGGGGAAUAUGAUGAGCUGAUUGAGAUGAUCGAGGAAUCAGAGCUUUGA